CAGCGGAGAGGGGAGGGUGGGGCAGUGCCUGUGGAGCUGACCCUGGCACUCCAACCUUUGGCUGCGUGGACCUCAGCCCGUCCCAUCCGCCCCCUGCUCUCUGCCGACUUGACACAAACACUUCCCGUCUGUGGAUCUUCAGGCCCAGAAAUACCAGCCUGUCUGCCAGUUAGACACCAGCCAGGGUACCCCGGGAAGCCCAGCUGCACAUCAGCAGGAGCAGGAGAAUUGUCUCAUCAGAGAAAGGGCCACCGGGGUGCAGGUGGGACAGAGCUGAGACACCCCCAACCGGCCACACCUCCAGGUGCCGCCCCAUGCCAGCAUGUGCUCACUGCCCGUGCCCUGGGAGCCCCUGCGCCACGUGGCGGUGGCCGGGGGCAAACACGGCAAUGAGAUGUCCGGCGUCUACCUGGUGUGGCACUGGCUGCUGGCCCCGGCAGAGCUGCAGAGACCCAGCUUCUCCGCAGUGCCGGUACUGGCCAACCCCGCAGCCACCACGGCCUGCCGCCGCUACGUGGACCGCGACCUCAACCGCACCUUCACCAGCACCUUCCUCAAUUCCAGGCCUACCCCGGACGACCCAUACGAGGUGACGAGAGCCCGAGAGCUGAACCAGCUGCUGGGACCCAAGGCCUCGGGCCAGGCCUUUGACUUUGUCCUUGACCUGCACACCAGCACGGCCAACAUGGGCACCUGCUUCAUCGCAGAGUCCUCCCACGACGUCUUUGCCUUGCACCUGUGCCGCCAUCUGCAGAUGGAGUCUCACUUCAUCGUCCAGGCUGGAGUGCAAUGGUGUGAUCUCAACUCACUAUGACCUCUGCCUCCCAGGUUCAAGUCAUUCUCCUGCCUCAGCCUCCCCAGUAGUUGGGAUUACAGGCAUGUGCCAACACACCCGGCUAAUUUUUGUUUUUUUUUUUAGUAGAGACAGAGUUUCCUCAUGUCAGCCAGGCUGGUCUCAAACUCCUGACCUCAAGUGAUCUCAAGUGAUCUGCCAGCGUCGGCCUCCCAAAGUGCUGGGAUUACACGCUAAAGCCACUGCACCUGGCCUCCUUUACGUUUUUACAAUUGCCAUUCAGUUGAACAUAUUUUAAUUUAUUUAUAGUCUAUGCAGGCUUCUUGUCAGCUCAGUUUAACAAAAUCAAACCAAACACCUAAUUGGGGCAGAAUUCAUAUCCUAUACAACUCACCCAUUUACAGCGUACAGUUCAGUAGUUUGGAGGCAGUGGGCCUCCCUCGUGGCCAGAACCCAUCUGCUGCUCUUAGACGGGCCCUAGACUCUGCCCCGUAUCCCCUUGACUCACCCCGGAGGUCCCUUCCUAGUGUCACAUUGGUAUUCACAUCUUUAGCUACUGAAGACUCCAGGUCCAGGGCUUGGUAGCAGGCUGUGGCCCCUGCCAGGCUGGCUUCAGUCACAAUCAAGGGUUAUCUCAGACGUUCCUCCUGCCUAUCAGGGCCUGCACCCUCUGCCAAGAGACUCUCUACAGACCUCAGCGGGGUGUGUCCUUGGUCCCAGCUCGGGGGAUGGUGGGGUGGGGACAGGAUCAGGCCAUCCAUGAAAGACCAUGGCAGGGCCUGAGCUCAUUCUGCUUCCUGGAACCUGGAAGGUGCUCAGCAAAUACUUGUGGAAACAGUAGCAGGCAACACUGAGGGGCACUGAUUCUGUGCCAGGAGCUGUGAUCUUCCUUUUCCAUUCUCACGUCUCCCACUGUGACCCUCUGAAGAACCAUGACAAUUAGGUGUUACUGUUACUUCCAAAAGCCUCAGAGAGGUUAAGUAACUCACGCGGGGUUACAAAGUAAAUAAAUAAACAAACCAAU